AUGUUUCUUAAAAUAUUUCUAUUUUUAAGUUUAAUGAAAACACAAAUUUCAUUAAAUGAAGUUGAACAACAAAUAGGAAGUCGCGUAUUUAUCAGUAAUAGAGGUGGUUAUUUACAUGCAAUAAAUAGAAAUGAUUCUAUAAUAGAAACUGAAAAAAGUAUUGAAAAAGCCACUAAAUGGAUUUUAGAAAAAAGUGAUAUGAAUGAAUAUUUUAUAAAAAUAGACGGUGGUUAUGAUAAUUUAUCAAUUACUUCCAAAAAUUCAGAGGUAUUAGUAAAUAGAUUUUAUGGUGAAGAUAAUCAAAAGUUUAAUAUAGAAGUUUCUGGAAAUAAGUUUUUAAUUUCUGGUGUUGAUGGAUGUUUAGCAGUUGUUAAUAAUAAACUUACAAUAAGAGAUUGUAAUGAAAAUAUAACUGAACAACAGUUUGUAAUUAAGAGUAGUGAAUUACCAAAUAUUUCUGAUAAAGAAAGAACUAAAAUUGAAAAUUUACCUAGUGAGUUUUAUUUGAUUUCUGAUAAUUUAAAAGUGCUGAAUAACCAAGAAAAUAGAAAAGAAAUGUAUUUUGAUUCAAUCGCAGAGACUGUUUUAUUCAAAAGAGAACAAAGUGGGUUGUUUUAUAUAAUUUCAGAUCUUAAUUCUAAAAAUGCAUUAGAUACUGAAUCGGGUGAUUCUGUUAACUUAAAAAAUAAAACACCAAAAAGAUCACAAUUAUUUGUAAUAUUACCAUUUAAGGAAAACAAGUUUAAAUUGAUUGAAACAGUUAAUGGUAAAUGUUUAACUAGAGAUUUAGAUACUAAUGGAUUUAAAACAGAAGAUUGUGACUUUAAAAAACAGAACCAAGAAUUUCAAAUAACAAACAAGCUUCCAGAAGAAAAUGAACCCGAGACCAUUAAGGAAAAUAUAAAGGGAAUUGAAGAUGAUGAUGAAAUUUUUUACCUUUUAACUUCUAAUAAAGAAGAAAUAAUAACACUUUAUGGGAAUCAAAUAGGUGUAACCAAUCGUUUUGAAAGUUAUAUUAAAUUUAAGGCGGUACCUACUGAAUUAGAUGAUAAGUAUUAUUUAAAAGUUUUAGAUGGUAAAAAAGAAUAUUUCUUAAAUGAGAUGGGAGGUGAAACAUUAUAUUUAGAUUUUAAACCAUUAACAAACUGGGAGAUAAUAGGAAAUGAUGAUUUUAUUACUAUAAAAGAAAAUGAUAAGUGUAUUUCAAAAGUACCAGGAACAGAUCAAAAUAUAUUAAAACUCUAUGCAUGUCAACCAGAUUAUGAUACACAAAAGUUUUUUAGUACAUCAGAUUUAAAAAUUACUUUAAUGGCAGAUUUGAUGGAAAAUAAACUUCCUAAAAAUAGUAGUAUUGAAGAAAUUACUAAAGAUUUGAUUAAGAAAUUAAGAAAUGUAGACAUAUUGAGACAUCUUAAUGAAGAUGAAAAUUUACAUAAAAAACAAAAUUCAAAAACCUCUAAUAAUCUGCAACAUAGUCAUAAAUUUAAUCAUGGACAUGAUGAACAUUAUUUACCGUUUGAUAACAAUAAAAAUAAAAGAAAUCCAAUUUCAAGGAAAGAAGGAGAAGUAAAAUUAACAGAUAGGGAAUCAAAUUAA